AUGGCCGCUUUCAUGGUCACUUCCAUUUUCCUCCUCGCCCUAACCAACGCUCAAAACGCCCCCAGUGACUACCUCGCGCUUCACAAUCGAGCUCGAGCCCAGGUCGGCGUCGACCCCAUGCAAUGGAGCAACACCGUGGCCGCAUACGCUCAAGCCUAUGCGAAAAAAAGAAAGCCGCAGGCUACUACCCCUGAGUUCACCGGGAAGGAUGCGGUGAAGCUGUGGGCGAACGAGAAGCCGCUGUAUGAUCAUGCUUCGAAUAAAUGCGUGGGUGGUGAAUGUGGGCACUACACUCAGAUGGUGUGGCGGAGCUCGGUGCGGCUUGGAUGUGCUAGAGUGCCCUGUAAAGCGAAUUCUCAGUUUGUUGUUUGCAAUUAUGAUCCUCGCAACUGGGGAAAAGCCUUAUGA